AUGCGCCAGUCCAAGUUCCAUUGCGUCAUCCCACACUUUCCCCUGCCAGCUUCAGCAAGAAACCGGGCUUUGCCAAUCUCACUCUACACCCUACGAUCAACCUUCCGAAUCGAACGUCCUCAGCCUCAAUACCGUCUUCUACACCGUCUAUAUCAUCAAACGAGCCCAAGAACCCACACCCGAAAUACAGAGCAGCAAACCCGCCUCUUCCCCGCAACUUCAAGACCGCAACCACAAACCAGCUCUUCCCUCCCCACCCAUUCCUCCUUCUCAACUUCAACACAAAUCAUGUCCUCCGACGACGCCUACAUGUCCUUCCUGGACAAAGCCAACGAAGAUGUGAGCCGCGGCGCCCCGCAGCAAGGGGCCGGCACCGCAAAAACCUUUACCGUGCACAGCUCUCUGUCAGUCCCAAAGCCGCUGCAGUCCGUCGACGCAUACUACGUCUCCGAUACAGACGAGCCCUUCGAACCUGUGGCAUUGAAGUGGGAUGGCGCUGCCAAGGGAUCGUGGCCUAGUGCUGACCAGCUCGCCUCCCUGAUCUCCCCAGAUACCGACCUGUCCCAGUCCAUCUCCAUACUAUCCCCCUCCUCCUUCGACCCGAAUAAUCAAUACUCCGCCGCCCUGGAUGCUGUCCGCGCCGCGGCUGUCGAGAAGGAUUCCGGUGCCGAUCAAUCGGCUGUUGAGCUGAAGGUCUACCGUGUUGAACAAACUAGUACUAAGAUCGAGUACUGGCUUUUGGCACUAGAUGCGCCUGAGAGCCGUAUUGUCGGUCUGCGUGCUAAGGCUGUUGAGUCCUAGGUGUUCAGGCUGGUUGUAUUCAUAAUGGAGAGGUCUUUGGAGUUAGUGUAGGACAUAGUUCGUUAUUUGAUGUGUAGCUGUUUAUUCUACCGAAAUUUAAUAUUUCUACGAGGAUCGAGGUGUACAGGUUGUGCACCUCGAACUACCUUGUUCUUUGAUAUUGAUAAAGCUGGCAUGGAAUGGAUAAUCAGAGGUUUCAUCCUACUUUGCCCUUGGAGUAAGGUGGUCUUGACAGCUUCUUGUUCGGGAUUUGUCGCAUUCUUAAGCUCUGAGGGUUGAGGUUUGGCAGGACGCGUGUCAAUGGCUGU